GAAGGGGGAGGGGUCCAGUGUUGGCUGCACGGGAGGGCUUGUGGGCGCGUCGGCCCGUAGGGACCCAGCCACCGCCAUGCCCGGGAUUGACAAGCUGCCCAUUGAGGAGACGUUGGAGGACAGCCCCCAGACACGUUCUUUGCUGGGUGUAUUUGAAGAAGAUGCUGCAGCAAUUUCCAGUUACAUCAACCAGUUGUAUCAAGCCAUGCGCCGAAUUUACGAUGCACAGAAUGAAUUAAGUGCAGCAACUCAUCUAACUUCAAAACUUCUAAAGGAGUAUGAGAAGCAGCGUUUUCCAUUAGGGGGCGAUGAUGAAGUUAUGAGCUCUACCCUACAACAGUUUUCAAAAGUGAUAGAUGAGCUCAGUUCUUGUCAUGCAGUACUUUCAACUCAACUAGCUGAUGCCAUGAUGUUUCCCAUUACUCAGUUUAAAGAAAGGGAUCUGAAAGAGAUAUUGACUUUAAAAGAAGUUUUCCAAAUUGCCAGCAAUGAUCAUGAUACUGCUAUUAACAGAUACAGUCGGCUGUCAAAAAGAAGAGAGAAUGAAAAGGUCAAGUAUGAAGUUACAGAAGAUGUGUAUACUUCCAAGAAGAAACAGCAUCAGACCAUGAUGCAUUAUUUCUGUGCAUUAAAUACUCUUCAGUACAAGAAGAAAAUAGCCAUGCUGGAACCCUUGCUAGGAUAUAUGCAAGCUCAGAUAAGUUUCUUUAAAAUGGGUUCAGAAAAUCUUACUGAGCAACUGGAAGAAUUUUUAACCAAUAUUGGCACAAGUGUACAGAAUGUUCGCAGGGAAAUGGAUUCUGAGGUAGAAACCAUGCAGCAGACCAUAGAGGACUUGGAAGUAGCCAGUGAUCCAUUAUAUUUACCUGAUCCUGACACAACAAAAUUUCCUGUCCAUAGAAAUCUAACACGGAAAGCUGGCUAUCUGAAUGCAAGGAAUAAGACUGGGCUGGUGUCUUCCAGUUGGGACAGACAGUUUUACUUUACUCAGGGUGGAAACCUAAUGAGUCAGGCAAGAGGUGACGUAGCUGGAGGACUUGUCAUGGACAUAGACAACUGUUCUGUGAUGGCUGUGGACUGUGAGGACAGAAGAUACUGCUUUCAGAUAACAUCUUUUGAUGGCAAAAAAUCUUCAAUCUUACAGGCAGACAGUAAAAAAGAUUAUGAAGAGUGGAUAUGUACAAUAAACAACAUCUCUAAACAGAUAUACCUAAGUGAAAACCCUGAGGAAAUUGCUGCACGUGUAAAUCAAUCAGCUCUGGAGGCUGUCACCCCCUCUCCAUCCUUCCAACAGAGACAUGAGAGCAUGCGGCCAACAAUACAAUCUCGGCCUCCAACAGCUCGUACUAAUAGCUCUGGGUCUUUGGGAUCUGAAUCAGCAGCUUUAUCAGCACUUUCCUUGGAUUCCCUUGUUGCCCCUGACACACCGAUACAAUUUGACAUAAUUUCUCCAGUUAGUGAAGAUCAGCCUGGUCAGGCAAAAGCCUCAGGGCAAUCGGGCAGACGUACAAACCCAUUUGGUGAAUCUGGAGGCAAAAAAUCUGAGACAGAAGAUUCCAUUCUUCACCAGUUAUUUAUUGUAAGAUUCCUUGGCUCCAUGGAGGUUAAAUCUGAUGAAAGUCCAGAUGUUGUUUAUGAAACAAUGCGCCAAAUACUAGCAGCCCGGGCUAUCCAUAAUAUUUUCAGGAUGACAGAAUCACAUUUAUUAGUCACUUGUGACUGUUUAAAGUUAAUAGAUCCACAGACGCAAGUUACAAGGCUCAGGUUUCCUUUGCCAAGUGUAGUCUUGUAUGCUACACACCAGGAGAAUAAACGCCUUUUUGGAUUUGUGCUUCGGUCCUCAGGAGGGAGAGUUGAGGGCCAUACAACAUCUGUCUGUUAUAUAUUUGAAUCAAACAAUGAAGGGGAAAAGAUUUGCGACUCUGUUGGACUGGCAAAACAGAUUGCUUUUCAUGCAGAAUUGGAUCGUAGAGCAUCUGAAAAACAAAAAGAAAUAGACAAAGUAAAGGAGAAACAACAGAAAGAACUCAGUAAACAAAAGCAAAUUGAAAAGGACUUGGAGGAGCAGAGCCGAUUGAUAGCUGCUUCCAGUAGACCCAGUCAGAGCAGUGGAGAGGGACAAUUUGUACUCCUUAGCAGUAGCCAGUCAGAAGACAGUGAUUUGGGAGAAGAUGGGAAGAAGAAAAGAGAGUCCGAAGCAUGAGGUUACUGAUCUUGUUAAAACUGGAAUCUUUGGACGUAUUUGUGGUGAAAUGGCACAAAUUACACAAGAAGAGAGAAUGGAAGUGGAGGGUCUGCUUAUUAUAUAGAACACUUAACAAUAUGCUGACCAGAUUAUACUUUGUUGUUUUUUCUUUUAAACAUUCAUUAACUAACUCUGCCUUUUAAUGUAAAUAUAUACCUUCCAUGUGUCAGAAAGAGGCAUGGUGACUUGCCAUGUUUGCUACAGAAUUACAUCUUCGACUUCUCUUAAAUAUGGAAACUUUUUUUCACUUACCUGGUUAUGCAGCUGACUGUUGUGAAACAAAAAUUCAUCUUCUGAUUGGGCUUCAACAGUACACUGAAAUAUUGUUCUUUAAAUUGCUGUACACAGAACAAAAGUGGGCUUUGAACUGAAACAGUGCUAAGCUGUAUCUAAAUACUGUUGCAGAGAAUUUUCUGGGUUUAUAAAAAAAAAUUAAUCCUCAAUAACACCAGAUAAAUGUGCAAUAGUUUUAGAUAGAUGAGAGAGAGAGAUUAUAAUUUUUGUUUUAUGUUGAAUUGGAUGGUACUGUCUCUGUUUCCUUUUUAAUAUAACUUAGGACACUUUAUUGGAUGGUAAAAAAGAUUUUACUCCAUUUAACCUAGAUAAGACUUAGAGGGAUGUAUUUGCUUCUUGGUACAUGGGGAAUUGUGUUAUAAACACUUUCACUUCAAGAUGAGAAUACAGUGUGUAUACCCCUGAAAAUAAAAGUACCACAUUCUCAGUUCUCUGUCAUAGGACUGUAGUAACUGUCCAGUACUUGGGGUUUACUUUAGAAUAAAAAGUAUGUUAACAUUGUGAAAAUGUUGGAUUGAACCAGCUGUUUAGAAGAUCUUCAAAUACCCACAUGCCUUGGAACCAGUUCACUAAAUUUACGAGAAAGAGGUUGGGGGGGGAGGGGUUUGGGUCAUUGCAUGUAAAUGUAUUUUUCAAAAAAUAUUUAAUAGCGAUAGGGUGCAAGCAUACAAAUCAUACUUCCUAUCUAAACUGCUUGAAGCAUCUUUCACAGGUGUCUGCUUACAGCUCUUAAGCCUGAUCUCCGUACUACUGCAUGAUGUACAUAACUUAUUUUGUACUAUAUCAAAUGUGCUUUGACCUUUUCAUCCUGAAUAGGAAACCAGUUAAUGUAAGAGAAUUUAUUUAUUUUUGCACUGAUUACUGUAUAUAGUGAAGUCCAAUGAACAGAAGAUACAUUUAUGUAUCAGUGUCAGGGAAAAUCUAGUGUAGUACAGUAAUGCAAGGAAAUGUACUAAACAUGAAAAUACAGCUGUACUUCUGGGUCGGUUUCAACUUAUGUAUAUUUUCCAGUUUAUAUAAGGCUUUCUACUUGUUCUAAAUGUCAUUUCUUAUUCAUUAUACAAGUUAUUGUAUACAGCCAUUCCCAUGAACAGCUAUCCUCCAAUCUAGAAGACUGCCCAUUUGUUCCUGCCAACUUGAAGAUCCGAAGGGAGCAUAUGCAGAUUUUUCUCCCUGUUCCCGAUCCUAGGCUUAUAAAAGGAUGGUUGGCACCAGGAAUUUUGGACUUUCUAUCUCUGCAAUUUGCACUGGCUGCUUACAUUUCUGACUAACUUUUCUCACUUAUAUUUCUUCCACCAGCAUCGCCUUCUUGCAGACCAGGUGACCGUCUACUUCACACUUAUUGUAUCUUGCAAUCUGCCUCCUCUACCUGUUUAAAAUCCAGCUAAAAAUUUCCAAAAACCCACAGAAAGAGUAUGAAAUCAUGUCUUUUCAGUUUCUAGUUUAUUAAGUGAUCUAGUUAUCUCCCUGUGCAGGAUUGCUUAGUGGGUUGGCCAGUUUAAGCGUAACACCCACCACACUUCAUGUGGGAGACAGUAUCAACUUGAAGUUUUCUUGAUAUUCAAUUUAAAAUUUUCCUUAAGCUUUAUUGCAUUAUUCUCAUUGAAGGGAUAUUUCAGAGAAUUGGGAUUGUUUGCUCCCUUUGCUGUUGGGACUUUCAUACCAAUCAAAGGGCUUAUCUGAACACUACAUAGAACUAGUAUAGCUUGUUACAUGGCUAUUCUGCCUGUAUCCUUUUGCUGGGGUAAUUUCAACCCUCCUGACAUGGUAUUGUAGGGGGGAUGCACAAAUUGUGUUCAGAAGGCUGUGUUAUAACCUAGAUAAAUAUCUUUGAAUUACAGAUUGACCUUCUUUUAGUUUAGAUUUUGACUAAAGCUAGAAACAAAUUAUUUGCCAAAAAGGAACCGUUGUUGGACUCCCAUCUAUUUGAAGAUUUUGUAAUACAGGAUUCCCAUUAACUGACUGCACUAAUCCUUAAACUUGCCUGCAACCUGGCAAAUGGCCACAAUUUACCAGUUUGGCCAGGAUAGGGUUCCCAUUGGUCUUUAGAUGACAAAUAGCAUUGAAUUGGUAUCUUGAUUCUCAAAAUUGUAGUGCAAACAUCCAGUCACAGCUGGAAACAAAACUAAGCCUCUCAAAUUUAGAUCCUACAGAAGGACUAUAAUAGAUCUCAGGUACCUUACCUGAUGUGAUUGUCAAUGAAAUGAGAUGGCACCCUGGACCUAGAAAGAAAUAUACAUCAUAAUCUUUAUAUCCUUUUUGGAAGCCUACAGAACUCAGAUGUAUCCAGAUUAGGUCAAGGCGGCAGCAGCACCUGGAAAAUAUGCUGUACCAGGAAAUACGGGACCCAACCUGGAGGAGACUAGGGAGCAGGCCCAUGCCCCCAAACCCUUCUGUCCAUUCUUCAGCAUGCCAUGUUUACAGGACAGGAGAGAUCCUGGUGUGAUGCCAGCAAGUAGCAAGCAAAAUAGGGUGGGUCUUGCUCCAUUCAAGGGUUUUGAAUUUUCCCAGCUCCCAGCAACUUUAAAUCCUCUAUCCUGCCUGACUCAUGAUCUACCAGAGGGGCCAUUAAAAGCCUUGGAAAUUAGCCAUUUAAUUUUUGAUUAUCAGCUUUGUUUAAUUCAUUCUCAACCUUUCUGUAAAUUAAACAAGACACUUCAGUCAUGAUA